AUGUUUAAUAGAAACAAUGGAUGUUUAUUAGGAAAUCGAAGCAAACCAGAACAGAACCCUUUCCCAGCGGAUUUGUUUACACUACAACAACGAAGACGUGGAGCUGUUGCUCUACACUUUUUUGGGCUAAUAUACAUGUUUAUAGCUUUGGCAAUUGUUUGUGAUGAGUUUUUUGUGCCUUCUUUAGGUGUAAUUACUGAAAUGCUUGAAAUUAGUGACGAUGUUGCUGGAGCUACAUUCAUGGCAGCUGGCGGUUCUGCACCCGAAUUUUUUACUUCACUCUUUGGUGUAUUCAUAACAGAAAACAAUGUUGGGGUUGGCACAAUUGUUGGAAGUGCGACAUUCAACAUCCUUUGCGUUCUCUCCUUUUGCACACUUUUUUCAAGGAAUGUUCUUUGCCUGACUUGGUGGCCGCUUUAUCGCGAUGUUACUUUUUACGGAGUUGCUAUUCUUUGUUUAAGUUUUUUCUUCAUGGAUGAACGUAUUUAUUGGACAGAAGCUUUGGCGAUGUUUGCAUUUUAUAUAAUUUAUGCAAUUUUUAUGAAAUACAAUUCAACGAUAGAACGUUGGGUUAAAGGAAGAUUAGGCUAUAUAUGUGGACUGAAUAGAGAUAAAAUGACAACAGAUGGACUAGCACCAAAUGUCAAAGUUAAUGAAAGAGGAGAUAAUAAUGCAACAGCCUCUACCCCUUCUGAUUUUUCAAAAAAUAAUUUCAACGAACAAACACCACAAAUUCAAAAUGUUUAUGGUGUUGAACUAAAUGUAAGAAGGCCUCUGCUCCAUGCAGGUGCUAAUUUUCCAGAAAUUUAUCCCGGAAUUUUGCAGUUGGCUAUGGAUCCAAAUAAGCUUUUAAAGGACAUUGGGACAAAAUCAACAGCAUUUUCAGAUUUUUAUUUUUUGGGUAGCCAACUUUUUAGUUCCGUAUCAGGGGUGUGCCAGUUUUGCGGAUUUUCACCUUUUUAGUGUUUCACCUUUCGCUUUUUAAAAUCUGUUUUGGCACACCCCUGUCCCGUAUAUUAUUAUACAUAAAUAUUACUCUUUUUGAGUUUUCUUCCACCCUUCUUCCACCUGACAUGUUCUUUUUUCUUCCUUUUCCUGCUUUCUAAAAAUAAUCCUUCAAAAUAACCCUCCAAAAAAUACCUGCUUUGCAACAUUUAAUGUUUAAUCUUUAAAUCUAAAACGAACAACUGCUUUAUAGACAUAAUUAAUUUAAUCUACAAUCCUUAUCCACUUUUUCGAUCUUUACAUAUUUUAUGCUUUUUGCAAAAUAAAAACUUUAUUUCUUUACACUUUUCUUUCUUCUUCCACUUCCCCUCCAAUUUUUUCCACAUAUAAAUUAUUCCUUUUAAAUUAUACUUAACAUUCUUCCAUC